GUGGUGGGAGGUCUGAAAUACUGAACGAGGCACUCUGAAAGAAAUGACAUUCCUGGUUAAAUCACUAUGUAAUCUCAUUGUGCAGACUGCUCUUUCUAGUUAGAGAGCUGCAGCCACGUAAAUUGUAAUUAAUAACAAAACAAGGUUUUGAUUUUUCUGUUAGAUUUUUUUGGAUCAUCAUCUGUAGCUUUUUACUACAAUGCAUAGUGGGAAAGUCAACAAGCUGGCCAGAUGUUUGAGAUUGAGACAAGAUUUCUAUUACAAGGACUGUUUCCAAUCUGGCAGAAGCCUGUGAGGUCCAAGGAAACUGUGUUCAAAUUUUAUCACCUUUUUGAAACUGAGAAAUGUUCAGAGUGUAAGGUGAGAGGUAGAAAAGGAGGGAGCCCAGCCUGGUAUGGAAUUCACAUUAUGCAACACCUACACUCCAGGAGAUGCUGGACACACACAAAGGUAGGAUCAUACUUUACAAUGAUUGUGUACAGAAGAAAUCUUCAUGAUUAGAAUAUUUAGAAGCAGGGUGACAUCUUUUUACACUGGAUUGAACUCAUCUGCUAUCUGAUGCCCGAGUUUAAAAGGAGCCGGAGAAAAUUGUGCUAACCCCCUGCAAUCAUGGUAAGGAACCUAUAUGGACUUUACAGCAUACAGGCUGGAUGUGGACAUACAACCAGGGAGGGCAUCAGAAACACUCAGGACCAACUAUUAUGAUUCUCUCCAACGUGGAUUAAAAUCAGACCAAUGCUGGAGAAAAGUUAUUCCCUUCUGUUCUUUCAGAUCAUUUCUCUACAGAACUCAGGAUUAAAUAUGGAUAUUCUUGACAAGGAGCAGUUUGUGAAUGUCACCAAAAGCUCCCUCUAUCAACUCAACCCAGACAGGAGACUCUACAGCAGCAAUCUGGGAGCAGGAGGAGCUAAUGUGUCUGACAUUUUUAACUGGACCCUGGGUUCGGAAAACUUAACACAUCUCAGUGCACAAGGAAGUUCCUUUUCCUUAGAAAAGAACUGGCCGGCCCUUCUGACAGUCACAGUCAUUGUGAUAACCAUUGCUGGAAAUAUACUAGUGAUUAUGGCAGUUUCUCUGGAGAAAAAGCUUCAGAAUGCCACUAAUUAUUUUCUUAUGUCCCUAGCCAUAGCUGACAUGCUAAUAGGCUUCCUUGUGAUGCCCAUCUCCAUGCUAAACAUACUCUAUGAUUAUGAAUGGCCUUUACAUAGGAAACUUUGUCCUGUGUGGAUAUAUUUGGAUGUACUGUUCUCCACUGCUUCUAUCAUGCACCUCUGUGCAAUUUCUCUUGAUCGGUAUAUUGCAAUACGAAAUCCUAUCCAUCACAGCCGCUUCAACUCAAGAACCAAGGCUUUCACCAAAAUAAUUGCUGUGUGGACUAUAUCUGUAGGUAUUUCCAUGCCGGUGCCUGUGUUUGGACUGCAAGAUGACAGCAAAGUGUUCCACCAAGAAAACUGCUGUUUGUCCGAUGAGCAUUUCAUCAUCGUUGGUUCUUUUGUGGCAUUUUUUAUCCCUCUGAUCAUAAUGGUGAUCACAUACUUUUUAACUAUAAAAUCGCUACAGAAGGAGGCUGACCUAUGUAUUAGCAACAUGAGAGCUAAAAGUAAGCUUGCUUUGUUUAGCUUCCUCCCGCAAACAUCUCUGUCGUCAGAGAAACUCUUCCAGCGCUCCUUGCAGAAAGAACUUGCUCCAUAUGGGAGGAAAACUAUGCAGUCAAUCAGCAAUGAGCAGAAGGCCUCCAAGGUCUUGGGCAUUGUGUUUUUCCUUUUUGUGGUGAUGUGGUGUCCAUUUUUCAUCACUAACGUAAUGGCGGUGUUCUGCAAGGAGUCAUGCAACGAGCAUAUUAUUGGAGAACUGCUGAAAGUGUUUGUGUGGAUUGGUUACCUAUCUUCUGCGGUUAAUCCACUGGUAUACACACUCUUCAACCAAACCUACCGCUCUGCGUUUGCACGCUAUAUCCAGUGUCGGUACAGGGAGGAAAAGAAGCCCUUGCAGCUAAUUUUAGUAAACACCAUCCCAGCACUGGCUUACAAUUCAGGUCAACUGCAGCUCGCACAAAUGAAGCGCCUCAAGAAAGAUUCUAAAAUGAAAACAAAUGACUAUUCUUUGGUUACUAUAGGAUUACCCGCUUUAGAUAAAGCAUCUAAGACUGCAGUCUGCUCACUAAAUGAAAAUGUUAGUUGUUUGUGAAUGUGGCUUGGCUGCAAAAAUCACCUUUGCAUAUUUGUUGUCUACAUUGAAUAUUGAGCCGGGAGAGCUUCAUUUGUGAUGGUUCUGAAAGAAAUAUGAGGAAGAAAUAGACCUUUUUAGAAAUACAGAUCUCCACUUUAUUUUCUAAUGGAAUCCAGGGUGAGAUUUUCUAUAAGAACAAUAUUUAAAUUAUAUAUAUGUGUGUGUAUAUAUAUAUAUAUAUAUAUAUAUAUAUAUGACAAAAAACAUUCAAGCAGAAUGAUACUACAUGUAACAAAAGUCUUUUUGUAUGAGGCAAGUCUCGGCUGUCUUUUUGUACCUCAAAUAUCUCCCUGCAUCUGACUGUGAAUGAGCACUUUAAAUGGGUUUAUGUUCUAGCAUGGGGAAAUUGUAUUUACAGAGAUUUCAAUAGCUAUUGUGCCUAUUGAGGUGUAACGUUUUAGACUUAUUUAUAAGUAGUUGCAUCAAAACAACUCAGAAAUCAUUUUAUUCAAAGCAAAAUAAGUAACUAAGGUAUCAAUGAAUAGUUGUGUAAAGAAAAUACUUGCAAAGCAUUCAUAAAAGGAGAGCUUUCAUUUUUUUUUAAGUAGAGAACGUUUGCACAUAGUAAAUAGGAUGAUUAGUUCUCUGAAGGAUCCUCUACCCCUAUAGGAUGAAUAUUUCAAAAUUGACUGUCAAUGUUUAUUAAAGGCAAAACAUGCCUUUAAAGCAUUGCUGUUUUCAAAAUGUCUGGCAAAAUCAGAGAAAAUCAGUGAAUUUGGAAACCACAGCUCAAUACAUUUAACCCAAGAUGGGUAUUCCUCAUCCAUAGAUAAAAUUGAUAUCAUAUCAAUGUCUUUUCAAUUUCAGCCCCUUUUUGACCUCUAAGUGAUGAUAUAAUCAUUAAAGGGGGCAGGAUAUAUUGAGUAUUAAAUGUUGGAUGCCGUUCACCUUGAGCUGGGCACAUGUAAAUUGGUUUGGUAUAAAUGCGAGUGGACACAUAACAGAAUGGUGAGGUUUACCUAAAUGGAACAAAGUUUGGCCAGAUGAGCCCAAACAGUCUGCAGAAGCAAACAUCACCCUACUAAACGAUAUACUUGUUUACAAAUAUCUGUGUAUCUAGUAUAGAGAGACAGAGAAUCCCAAAAACAGUUAUCACACAUUUUGGAUCAUUUUUCUAGGUGAAAAAUUGUAAUAUAAAACAUCUCACCUUUUCACAGCAUAUAUUUACCGACUAUGGUAUGAAUAUGGGGCAUUAUUCAGACCUGAUCGCAAAAGCAAAAUCUUUCUCUAAUGGGCAAAACCAUGUGCACUGCAGGGGAGGCAGAUAUAACACGUGCAGAGAGAGUUAGAUUUGGGUGGGUUAUAGUGUUUCUGUGCAGAGUAAAUACUGUCUGCUUUAUUUUUACACUACAAUUUAGAUUUCAGUUUGAACACACCUCACCCAAAUCUAACUCUCUCUGCACAUGUUACAUCUAGGGAUGGCCAUCGACCAUCGAUGAUUCAAAAUCAUCGAUGAUCUAUAGACGAGGUUGAAUACUUUUACCAUCAAUGGUGUAUAACCAGAUGGUUAUAAACCAUCGAUGGUAGCUGUAUGCACAAUGGUUUAUACCCCCACCUUUCAAUUUUGGGACUGCCUGUUGCUGCACAGGGCUGCUAGGCUGUCAACCCUCAGCCUCCGGCUCUUACACUAUGUGUAAGAGCCGGGAAUGGGAUGUCCCUCCUCUUUAAGAGGCAGAGCUAUCACUCACAGCUCAGCCUCGCCCCCAGCUCUUACACAUAAGAAGAGCAACUAGCCGUGCAUUUGCAUAAACACAGAUGGUAAAAACCAUCAAUAGUUAUGCAAAGAACACUUUGCUGCCAUCGAUGGUUUGUCUCACCAUUGGCAACGAUGGUAACCAUUGAUGGCAGUAGCGCCGAUGGCCAUCCCUAGUUACAUCUGCCCCACCUGCAGUGCACAUGAUUUUGCCCAUUAGAGAAAAGUUUGCUGAUGCGAUCAGGUCUGAAUUAGGCCCAUGGAUAACAAAGAGCAGCUGGUUAUGUGAAUAUUUUGGUAAGUUUUAUGACCAUAAUUUUCAAAUACCAUUCAAAAAGGUCACUGAACUGUGGAUUUUACUGUACACUUUAGCUUAAGUAAAUUAUCCUGAAAUUGAUCAUUGAAUGUACUUGUGGCACUUGUACCCUUAACCUGCAAUUUGUUUUCCUUUUGCUAAUUCAUCUCUUGAUGUUUUUAUUUUUAACAACAAAUUGAGAAAUGUUUCAUUUAUGUAAAAAAUGCAUUGUAUAUUUUUGAGCAAUAUUAUAAAUUAAAUCAAUGCAGUUAUUUUUAAUAA